GUGACAUCAUCAAAGGUCCUUUAGCUUGCUUGCUCUUUACAUCUAUAACAUCUACUUCGGGAGAUAUUCUUCCUAUUAGAGUUGUGUCCUAAGUGAUCGUGACGUCACAAUGCCUAAAGUACCUCAGAAUAAAGGUAAACAGGAAAAGAAGGUCAUCCAUCCUUACAGUAGAAAAGCUGCCCAGUUAGCUCGAGAAGGCCACAAGCAGGACAGAAGGGAGAAGGUGAAAAACGAAAAAGCCUUGAAGUUAAGCAUUCUUCGGGAAAAACUUGAGUGGUUUCAAAGUAAUCUGGAUCCUAACAAAACAGAGUACACUAAGAAGGAAGUAUGUGAGCUCAUUGAAAGCUAUUUGCAUCGGUUUGAUACAGAACUGGAACAAAUUGAAUUGCAUAACAGCAUCAAAGGCAGACAAGCGAGACAGCAUGGCUCCCGAGAGACUGCCAUUAAACAGACCAUAGAGCACGAAAGAAGGCUGUACAAUGGAUAUGGAAUGGAGAUACCAGACAUUGCGAAUACAAAACACUUGAAAACCUUUAGAGAAUGGGAUUUGGAUCUGAAGAAGCUGCCAAAUAUUAAAAUGCGCAAAUUUGCAGUCAGUGACUCGCUGCCUAAAAUUAAGAAAGACAUUUCAGCAGAAGAGGUUGAAGAUGAAGAGAAAAUGGAAGAUAAAGACAGGUCUUCUGAGUCUGAGGACAAUGAAAGCCAGUGAAUUGUUCCAAGAGACUGCUAAAUUUACCUAAAACAAAAGGAACCUAGUAACCCAGACAGCGAUGCCGUACUCUGCUAUAAAGAAACUUGCUUUUGAUUUGGAACAACUUACAUAACUAUGAUUCCUAGCAGAAUGAAAUUCAUAAGUGUCGUCUUCGCAAGCUUGUUUCAUGUUAAUAAUUCACAUUGGUGAGAGCUGUUCACGCCAGAGAUAUGAAGAAAACAUAUUUGAUAUUUUUGUGUUUAGAAAUGCUGAGGACUACAGCUCUGCGUCUCAAGUGAGAUGAUUAAGUGAAGUGAGAAUAUAUUAAUAAGAAUUAGCUCCACUUCAUGUGCUGGGAUUAAUUUGUGUCUUGAGUCGAGGACACUGCAGGAAUUUUAAAAGGAUUUGUGUGGUUGUGGUUUUCUCUUGCCGACAUAUGUUUAAAUCAAGGCAAACUUUACGUUAUAUCGUCAACAUCCAUCUCCAAAAGUGCUGUUACUGUUGACGGAGUAAGUUGGAAAUGCUGUGCUCUAAAUAAAUCAGAAAUUUAGAGGAAAUAUAUAUAAAUAUAUAUUACUCUAUUUUAAUUAUCACCUAUAUGUUGUCUGUGAACUUUGUUAUUAUUGAUGUUAACUUUUAAGGCUGCUUUCACACUAUAUAAAUGCCUUUUUUAAAGAUCCGUUAUAAUAACCCUUCAAUAAAACCAUUAAAAACGUCUGUUAAACGGCUGUUACAAAAUCUCAUUAUACUCUAUGGGAUUUUAACAUUAUCCGUUUUAACCCGUCAUAGCCCAUUAUUAACGGGUGUUAUUUUGUGACGGGAGAAAGUAACGGGAGAAAUAGUGCAUGCACUGUAAGGGAUUUUGUAACGGACGAUUUUAAGGGUUUUCAUAACGGAACAUUAUAACAUGUCUUUAAAACGGAUGAAUUUAUAGUGUGAAAGCAGCCUAAGCUGGGUCCACAUUUAGUAUUUUGGUCAGUAUUUUUAGCCAAAAACAGGAGAUUUUUCAUUAUUUUGCCUAAAAUACUAUUUAAAAUACAGUGUUUAAACCUAUCCUUUGACUGUGUUUAGACAUCAUUUUUCUUGAGUCAUUUUGGUGCACAGAACAUGUUAAAAUGAGCUCCAAAAGCAAUGCGUGCAACAUUGUUUUCAAUGUUUGCAGUGUGCUGCAGUACACACAGUAAAUUGCAGCGCACAUUAUAUAAUAGAAAAAUAGGGAAUGUACAGGGAACCUUUAA